AUGUCUGCCUCACAAAUACAAGAUUUCAGGAGCUCCAGAGCACUAGUUCUUUUCACGAUAUGUACUGCCAUGUUUACAGAUGGUUUCAUUUAUGGCAUCGUAGCACCCUGCAUACCGUUUAUACUUCAAGACCAGAAGCUCGUAACGGAGGGUAAACUACAAUUAUCUACGUCCCUGUUGAUUGCGGCUUUCUCGAUAGCGGACUUCUUCGGCGCACCACUAUGCGCUUGGUAUGUGGAUCGUAAUAGUAGCCGGCGUGUACCUUGGUGGAUCGGCAUCAUCCUGAUUACGGCCGGCAGUAUACUGUUCGGAUUUUCCACCAACCUUGCAAUGUUAAUCUGCAGCCGCAUCCUGCAAGGCCUCUCAUCGUCUAUCCUUUACACUGUCGGCCUUGCGGUGCUCGUCGAUAUCAUCGGGAAGGAUGAGGUCGGCCAAUGGAUGGGUACAGCAAUGAGCUGCAAUAACAUCGGCAUCAUUAUCUCUCCGUUACUGGGAGGGAUAGUGUACGAUAGGGCUGGAAAGUCUGCGGUAUUCGGUAUCAUGAUCGGACUGGGCGCUUUUGAUAUAGCCCUCAGACUGCUCAUGAAGGAGCCGCCGCGGGGGCUGUCAUCGCCCGCUCAUGACGCCCACAGCGAAAAGGACGAUGUGCUUCCUCCUUAUUCGGUCGAAGAGGCUCGCCCAGACUCCGGUGUUGGCGCCCUUUCUGCUUCGAAGUCCGUGGUGGUAGAAACAACAGAAGUCACUCACAAGGAUAGAUCCCAACGUCCGACGACUCAGUCCACCUCUAGGAGACUACCCGGCAUCAUCGCCCUGCUUCGAUCUCCGCGCCUGCUCGCAGCUCUGUACGGUGUCUUCAUCAACGAAUGCAUCGUCGCCGCUCUCUGCGCGAUCUUACCCCUCUUCGUCCAUUCUACGUUCCAGUGGACCGCUCUUCCCGUCGGCCUCCUAUUCUUGACUAUCGCUAUUCCUGCACUCGCCGGCCCGCUCGCAGGUGCCAUUUCAGACCGGUUUGGCGCACGAUGGGUCGCCGUUUCUGGAUUUCUUCUCACCGCGCCAUCUCUACUGUUGCUGCGACUUGUAGACCACGAAAGUUUGAACCAGAAGAUCCUUCUUUGUGGGCUUCUCACCUUGGCUGGAUCCACCAUCAUCUUCUUCCUUUCACCGCUCGGCGCGGAGUGCUCUUUCAUAGCAGAAGAACAAUCGAAGAUAUCGGACUGCGAUAUGUACGCUAGCAGCUUCUCCCUCAUGAACUGCUCACUGGCAGCUGCCGGAUUGCUAGGGCCACUAGCUGCGGGCGGGUUGCAGGAUGCCUUUGGGUGGAAGGCGGCUACGAUUGCACUUGGGGUGCUGUGCGCUUCUGGUGCUGUGCCCUGUAUGCUGGUAACUGGGACUAAGUCGUCGAAAAUAGCAGAAAUAGGCGCGCCCAAUGAUGUUUGA